AUGCGUUGUCUCCAGACCCUGACUCUCCUCGGAGCAUUGGCUCUCACCGCCGUCAACGCCGUCUCCCUCCCAACAGGCGUGCCUCGUGAUGUCUCGGAAUUCCGAGAUAAGCACCCUUAUCAGUCUCCGAAACAUGAGCACCGCAAGAUUGUUCAGAUUCGCGCAUCCAAAAAUCACCAUGACGAUGUGUCGGCGGAGUUCAAGCGAGGUAUAAGAAAAGCCGACAACGGCGGCACAUUGUAUCUGCCAAAAGGAAGAACCUACGUUAUCGGCAAGGCACUGGACUUAACAGGGUUGAAUGACAUUCAUAUUCAUUUGGAGGGUGAGAUUCGAUUCACAAAUGAUGUCGAGUAUUGGCAAGAAAACGCCUGGUAUCAUCCUUUCCAAAAGUCCAUCAUGUUCUGGAAGUGGGGAGGAAAUGACAUCAAGAUCUAUGGUAACGGUGUUAUCGAAGGUCAAGGGCAACGUUGGUGGAACGAAUUUCAGUCUGGCACAGGCUCCAUCCUUAAUCCCGACAACAAGUACUACCGCCCUAUCCUCUUCUACGCCGAGAAUACCACCAACCUGGACGUAUCAGGAAUCCACCUCAAAGACUCACCGUGCUGGAAUAACUUCAUCGUCAGCUCCAAGAACAUCAAAUACACCGACGUCGUCGCAACGGCAUUGUCAAAUAACGGCAGUAUCAUCCCCAAGAACACUGACUUUAUGAACACCAUGAAUACAUCAACUGUACGCAUCGAGAGGACUUGGGUCAAUAUUGACGAUGACUGCUUCUCGCCCAAGCCGAACAGCUCUGAUUUGUAUGUCAACACUAUGUACUGCAACGGCACACAUGGCCAGUCUAUGGGCUCUCUCGGACAGUACAAGGGCGAAGUUUCCAACGUUUACGACGUGCAUAUCGAAAAUGUUUGGAUGAUGAAUGGAGACUACUCUGGUGCUCGUAUCAAGGUCUGGGCUGGAAACGAGACCGGCACAGGCUCCGUCAACAACGUGACCUUCAAGAACUUCUGGGUCGCUCGUAUGGACUACGGCAUAUUCCUCGAUUCAUGCUACUUCAACAUCUCAGCUGAAGAAUGCAACGCCCAUCCCUCAGGCAUGCAAAUCACCAACAUCCACUUCGAGAACUUCACCGGAUAUACAUCCGGCGUUUAUGGCAAUGCUGUAGCCCGUCUCUCAUGUUCAGCCGCUGAAGACGCUGUCUGUGCUAAUAUCACUGUCAAGGACUUUAACGUCGAGACACGCUGCGGUGGAGAGCCUGUUAUUAUUUGUGACGGCAUGCACGGUGAUAUUGGUGUGGACUGUGUUCCGUAUGAGAGUGAUGAGGCUCAGGCGGCGCUCAAAGCAAAGUGCAAGACACCCAUGGCGUCUAUUGAUACGGAUCCUUGGGGCAGUGGGCUUAUUGAGAAGAAGAAGGGUGCCUUCCAUCCGCAGUAA